AUGGGUCAAUUCCGGGCCUGGACCUCGCCAUUGGUCCUCUUGGCGCUCCUAGUACAAGGAGGACUUGCCGUCACAAUCACAGCUAUAGCACCAGUUGCUACCUCGCUCACUACUUUUACAUCAACCUACUCUGACACAGUGACCAAUACUAUCACGAGUAUUGUUCCAAUUACCACUACCCAGACCACAUGUACCCCUGGAACCACUAAUCCUCUCGAUGUUCAGUGCACCAAUGGCGUGUGGUCUAGCAAUGGGGCUUACUGGCAAGAGUGGUGCACGACGGCUUCUUUGCAAGGAAUUGCCAGGCUUAUACUUCCUCUCGGCAAUUCUUACCAAUGCCGUCUCUACUGCAGUAUCUACGGCGGGGUCUGUGAGGCCGCCAACUAUAAUUCGCUCAAUCAUCAAUGCGUUUUGUUGAGCCAAGUCACGGCAACGGCUGCAGUUAGCAACGGCGCAUAUGCAGCACUGGAGAGAUUUACCACCAACCCGUGUGUUGUUACUUCGACUGGGUCUUCGACCCAACUCUCAAUUGAAACGGCGGUGGUGGAACAGACGACAACUAUCACGGCGACAAUCACUCUUCCCACGAGCACCUCAUCUCCAUCUCCCGCUAUCGCUACUAGUAGUAGUGCCGUCUCAUCUGCUGUUGCAACGACCCCAACUGCUUCAGUUUGCAGUGUUUCCACCCUGUCCACACUUCCCACCACCUCCCAAUGUGUUGAUGGAUACUAUCAACACGAUGGAUACUAUUAUCAAGUCCUAUGUGAUUAUAAUAUCGAGAGCUAUUCGGGCUUUGACAUCACAAAUUCGCGACAGGAUGACAUAUGGGGUUGCAUCGAAGUCUGCUCGCAGUACUCAAACUGUGUUGGGACCUUUUGGUUCCAGGGGAUCUGCUACUCUCCAAGUUCGUCGCUUGUCUACCGUUACUUACCCUACGACUAUGAGGACCCGGAUAACAAUGUCAUCGAAUACAUUGCGAUGCGAUUGGAUGGUAACCCCUGUCCGGCAUCUAGCAGUAGCGUGUCCUUGAUUCAGUCAUCAGCUGCCUCCUCUUCUGCUGUUAUGUCGUCUUCUGCACACACAUCUGCACACAUUGCUUCUUCUUCUGCCAUCGUGACACCAAGUCCGGUUCAAGUCGGUGUGUCUUCGUCGACCCCAUCACCCCGAAGUUCAUCUACUCCACUCAUUAGAAGCACUGCUACGAUUUCACCUCAUUCUGCUCCCCCGUCUUCUGCUAGACCCUCAUCAACACCCGUUGCCCCUACGCAUAGUAAUUCCGUGACUGUGUCUCCGCCAGCUGUGUUCUCCACGCCUGCGUCUUCGGUGCCGAUACACUCUGUCUCCGCGCCUUCCGAGAUAGCGUCUUCUGUCUCAAACCCAGCGUCUUCCGUGUCUGUGCAUACAUCUGCAUCUUUCAUCUCCACAUCCGCGAUAUCCUUGACUUCUACAGGCACACCAUCUGCACCAGUUCCACCAGGAAGUGAGCCUUCAGGACAUGAGUCUUCCGGACCGGUACCUUCCACACUGGCAUCAUCUGAACAAAGAAACCAACCAACCGGCUCCCCGGGCAACUCAGCUAGUUCAGGAUUGACUAUGGACACUUCUGUAUUUGGAACUGCUACUCAAACAACCGGACAAACUACCACCACUGCUCCGGCCCAGUUCACCACUUCAACCGUCUUCACUACUGAAGUACAUACUGUUACCGCCUGUCCAUCGUCAGUUCUCGACUGCCCCGCGAGAGAAAAAACCACGUAUAUCACCACAGAAACCAUCGCUGCCUAUACGACCAUUUGUCCCAUCACCGCUGAAGAGACCGCGGCUGGCGCAAGUCCAACGGGAGUGGUUGGAUCUAAUGGACAACAUGAAAGCUUGACUACAUCUACAGUUUUCACCACCCAGCUUCAUCCUACGGUAGUGUGCCCAUCACACGUAAAGCACUGUGCCAAUUCCCAGAAAACUACCUCGCUCGUCACAGAGACCGUGGUCGCCUACGUGACUGUCUGCCCUGUUGCCGAAGCAGAGACUACUUCUACAGCUUCUGUUCAGGCGCCUUCUCGUGACCAAGAUGCUGCUACUACUCUCACGACUGUUACCUACAUCACGGAGACCGCAACUUUGGCCACAACCUAUAAGACGGUCAAUUCUGGAUCUACCACCGAGAAGACAGCAAGCUAUAUCAGUACCACGGUCACCCCAGUAACCGAAACUGUUGUUGUCAUUGGUACUGAAACGAUCAAUGUUUCCCCGACUCACGUUCCCAAUAGUCAAGCUAAUGGAUCCAGCACGCAAUCUACUACUGAAUCCAAUGGAGGAAGUACAGAAACUGCAAGUGGUGUGAGUGGUUAUGAUAACGCCAGUGCGGCAGUCAAUCACGCUUCAUUGAACAUUUCUCACUCCACCAUUCCGUCAUCUUCGGCAUUUAUUUCUUCGACUACCCAGUCGAUCCAGAGUGGCUCAUCCAUGAUUACCAGCUCCUUAACUGGUGUCUCCGCUACUACUUCUCCUGCCUAUAAUGGCGUUGCUUCCAAGACAGCUUCUUGGUACUUGUCCUCUCUUUUUGCUCUGGCUGUUGUGGGUUAUCUUGCCUGGUAA